GCUGAAGGUAAAACGAAAUAUUUCGACCGAUAUACAGAUAGUUGAAGGAGGACAGUAUUGGCAUCGUAAAUUGCAAGAAUGUCUUUCCAAGCAGCUAAGAUAUGUAUUCAGAACAGUGACCGUGUUUUGUGAUGAUGAUAAAUUCAAUGAUAACUAUUUACAGUGGCAUAUCUCUGGAUCCUGACGUCAAACUUGAGCUGAAUGUGUCUAUAGAUGGUUUACCCUUAUUCAAAAGUAAUAACCUACAGUUCUGGGCUAUAUUAAUUAAUGUCCAUGACAAACCAGAAAUUCCAGUUAUGGUUGUUUCAAUUUAUUGUGGAAUUACAAAACCCGCUAGUAUUGAGCAUUUUCUUAAACCGUUUGUCGAAGACUUAAAUCUUUUAAUGAAAAAUGGAGUAGAAGUCGACGGUAGGAGGGUGAACUUUAAAAUACGUGCUAUAAUUGCCGAUUCACCAGCUCGAGCCUUCAUCAAAGGGGUUGCCAACUUUAAUUCGUUCGCAGGCUGUUUAAAAUGCACCACCGAAGGGAUCAAACUGCAAGGAAGGGUUACAUUUCUCGAUUGCAACGCAUCAGAACGAACGGAUGAAGCCUUUCGGAAACAAAUGUACGGCGAUCAUCACAAAAUUGAUUCGCCAUUACUGUUAUUAGAUAACUUUGAUAUCAUCCUUCAAAUAAUUGUUAGUGAUCAGUUGCAUUUAAUUGACUUAGGCGUAACAAAACGAUUUUUGAUAGGCUUGAUUGAAGGUAAAUUUGGCUUUAAAAAAAGACUUUCUCCUUCUACACUUGCACAAUUAUCUGGAAUGUUGAUGAACAUACAAUUGUCAGCAGAGAUUCAUCGAAAAUUCCGCUCAUUUAAAGAUUUGCGUCAUUGGAAAGGAUCAGAAUUUUCAUCGUUUUUAUUUUAUGCAAGUGUUGUAUGUUUCAAGAGCGUGAUGAGUUCUGAGCAGCAUAAACACUUUAUGUUAUAUUUUUGCGCUAUAACAUUGUUUUCAUCAGAUGUCUACAAAGAACAUUGGCCACUUGCUAAUAAUUUGCUUCAAUUAUUUGUAAAAAAGUAUGCAGAUAUUUACGGACCUCAAUUCGUUUCAAGUAAUAUUCACAAUCUGCUACACGUUUACAAAGAAGUGAAACAUUUUGGUCCACUAUAUACGUUAUCAUCCUAUAAGUUCGAAAAUCUACUACAGCAAAUGAAACUUCUAUUGCGCAAUGGGUACAAGUGCUUAGAGCAAGUAAUCAACAGAUUGUUAGAACAGGACGAAUAUUAUGUCCAUAAAAAGAAAGAUAGCUUCAAUUAUCCUUUCAUUCAUCAAAGGGGUAAUAUUAUCACUCUUCAUAUCCGAGAAGCAUUCUGCUUAAAAUAUGGACAAAGAAAUGGAUGGUUUUUAACCAAAUCCGGAUAUGUUUGCCAAUAUAUAAACGCAGUCUCACACAUCAAAAACAACCAAACAAACUUUAAGAUAACGGCAAAAGAUUAAUCAAUACAUCAAACAGUUUUGAUUAUCAUUUUGAUUCAAGAAUUAUGCAUAUGCAUCGGGGCAAUCUCAGUAAUUUAGAGAAAAACGAUAUUUCUAUUGAUUUGGAUGAUGUAAAAUGUAAAUUAAUUGGAAUGGAAUGGAAUGAAAAAUAAACAUAAAUAACGUUAUGUAACAUUGUAUCUUGUAAUCACUUACGUUUUGU